AUGGUAAAUCAAGCAUUUUAGAAAUAAUAUAGGAACCAAUUAUACAUUCAUCCAGAGACUUUUGAAUAAAAUGAAAUUCUAAAGGAAUAUAUAAAUAUUCACAUUAAAAUUGAAAUCUAGUUUGAUAUCAAUCAAGAUGAAACGAUAAAGAAAGAUACGAUUAUUAUAAAAUAAAGAAAUAAGGGGGACCAAACAAUUUUACAUAUUAAAAAAAAUAAUGAAGACGAGAAGAUUAUUCAUGAGGUUUGUGUUGAUCAUAUCAAUUAUAUCAAGCAUCUAAAAGUUGUGAAACUAAAUAGACAUUUUUAACCUACGCCUACUGUAGUGUUUAAAUUAAUAAAAAAAUUUAAAUAUUAUACACCUUUAGUUUUAUUGAAAAAGCAAAAGCAAUUAGCAGAAUUAAUAGAUUACAACAAAAAAAUAAAAUAUAAAGGGGAAUGUGAUUUUGACGAAGAUAAUCGAGAUAUCAUUUUUUAAGGGAAAGGCAUUAGAGAAAUACUAGAAUCUGAUUAAACAACUCUUAAAAUUGGAGAUGUAUAUAAAGUAAGUGGAACUUUUAAGAAUAAUAUUUUGGAAGGAGAUUAAAUCAAAACUUUUUAUUAUCACUUUAUUGAAAAUAAAAGAACUUUUAGUAUAGGAAAGUAUAAGAAUGAGUAAUUAAGUGGCAGACAUGAACAUUAUUUAAUAAAUUAGCCUAAUGAAUAUGUCAAGACUAUACAUCAUUGUUCUUGCUGUUUCUGUUCUCCCUUAUAAUCCUGUUAUUAUUGGCGCGCAUGGUGUGCUUGGUGUCCUUGUUUGUUUAGAUAUUACUGGCAAAUAAUUUGA